AUGUCCUAUGAACCACCAGUUCUUUCAAGGAAGCAUGCCUCUACUGAUGCAAAACCUCCCGAAAACAACAGUCGUUUACAAUCACGUCCUAGCUAUGGAGAGAAGCCAGGCAUGUAUAAUGCAUAUUUGCACUUCGUAAACCGGCUCGAAAUCCGAUGAUUUUUGAAAAAUCGUCGUGUCAGUCUCUCUACCAUUGUAAUGAGUUUUCUUUGCCUCAGUAGUGAACGGUGUGUCGAGACCACUGGGCCGAUCUGAAGAGAAUGUUCAGCGAGAAGAUUUCAAACUUUUGAUUGAUCCCGCCAUAAAGAAAGGACAUGCUAAAAUCUAUCGAUACGGUGGAGUCUUUCCAGGGGUAAGCAAAGCGACUGUGUACGAAAGUGCCUUGAUCUUGCAUCUUGUUGUACACACUAGCGUUGAAGUUUUCUAAACUUGUUUUACUUCUUCCAGCAACCGCCGGUUGUCCCAAAGGAUCCUCGCUCCAGGAGGAAAAGAAUAUGGACCCACAACAAAGCCGAUUUACCUGUUCCUAAUUUCAAGGUUUGUUUAGGAGUCAUUUACCGAGAGAGAUCUUUCCACGAGGUUUUAGAGCAUCUUUGUUAUCAAUUUGUGAUCAAUUUACCGAUAGGGCAUUAUUGUUUUUGCCUGGCCAAUUUUAAUUUAAAAACGAUUGCCACUUCUAAUUUUAGAACUUAUUGUUUGUGGUGAUUCCCUCUUGAUUAGGUGGACAAAUGGUAUGUGGGAAUUCCUCCGCAACGUGAAGUUCUGUUUUCGGGAUUGAAUGAUAACGUGGAUAAGAAAUUUCUACAAGAAAUUUGCGAACGUUAUGGACGAAUCGAGGCCAUCAAAAUAUAUUAUGAUCCACAAACAAAAAAACACACCGGAAAAGGUCGUGUGACUUUUGAAACCACUACCGCUGCUAAAAUGGCAGUUUCUAAGCUAGACCAUACUUCAGUAAUGGGGAACAUCAUAAAGGCUCAUAUGGAAAUCGGCAUCAAAGGUAAUCUACUGCACGCGAUAAAGUCGUAUUAUCUGACAAAAUUUAUCAGCUGUAGAGUUGAAUGUUUUUUUUUUUUGACGUGUUAACAUUAAUUACGUUUAAUGUUAUUGUUUUCCGGUGACAGUUGUACAUUUCAAUCCAUCGUACUCGAGUGCAUUAUGGGAGAGUUCGUGACAUUUCAUGCUGCUAUUUGGGUGUUUGAUUUUGUAAUGUGUUUUUAAGGGAAAACAGAGAGAUCAUUGUAUUACCACAGAUCAAUUUUGAGUAAAAAGGUUUAAAAUAGGAUUAACUGCUUCUAAUCUCAAUUCCAUGGCUCAAGCAGUGACUGUAAGAAUAAAGUACAAGGUAUUCGAAAGUCUCAAAGCUGAUAAACGAACUACGUCAUGUUAACUAAGAUGUAACUGGUGAUAUCAAUUAAAUCAGGUCAAAUUUUUCUUUACCUUUCCUCUUUCUGUGGGUGAUGUCUCUGUUUCUUUUUCUCCUUCUUCAUCACAUUUCGUCAUGAGUAGUAUUUGAAGUUAAUUUUUGACCACUGAAAGUUAGAAAUUGUUAUCAUAUUUAACAUAAGAUAUUUGAGUUUGUAUUUUAGAAUUAUGUGGUAGUUUUUUUGUUUAAUUUUAACAACUGUGCUAAUUUAGAAGCUUUACAGAUACUGUCUUGUACUGUCAGAGAGGGUUUAGAACACAGGAGAAAAUUUCAUAUGAUGUUCUUGUCAGACAUUACCCUUUGACUCCUUGCAUCUAAUUUCCCCUUCCAAUUUUACCCCUUAAUCACGCAUUAAGGCUGGGAGAUCAUCAGCUUAAGAAGCUCUUAAGUAUCAAACAAAUUCUCCCUGUCAGCACCUUAGUAAAUGUAUUGAGAACAGUUUGGAGAAUAUACAUGCACAUGUAAAGUUGUGAUGGGUUAAAACCUUGUGAGAUGUGCAACACACACUUUUGUUUAUACAAGAAUUGUAAUUAGCCAGUAAUUUGAACUUGUGUAUUAAAGGGGGUAACGCUUAACUCCCAUGAGUGACCAAGACAGAAUUUCUCCUUUCAUUACCAAUACAAUAUCAAGCGGACAAGUAAUGAGAAAGAAGAACAAACAAAGCAAUUAGGGUAUCACUAGUUGAUCCAAUUCCCAAUUUUCCAAAUAGAAAUCAUAUGAAUUAUUUUGCAGACAGUGAGGGGAAUUGUUAAUGAGAUCUUUGGGACAAUGCUUAUAAUUUUAGUUUGGAGAAUUUAGUAUUGAAUCAAAUGAUAAUCCACUAAUGGAUGUUUUUUUCUUUAUUCUCAUCACUUGUCUACUUGAGAUUGUAUUGAUGUUAUAAGGAGAAAUUCUGUCUUAGUCACUACUGGGAGUGAAAGUUAAAAGAGUCUAACAUGAAAUUUGAUCCAUUUCUAUAUGUUAUGAAGACUUAAGGCUGUAGUCUGUGAACUGCGAAUGAUUUCCCAGCAUAGAUCAUAAAACCAAAGAAAUUAUUUGAUGAUGUCAGUAUUGACUCAAUAGAAUGUAUUUUUUUGGGAGGGGGAGGGGGAGGGGGGUAAGAUUGUGAACAAAGACAACCAGAGUAAAGAAGAACUCUUUAUGAGUCCAUAAAUUCAUUUCUAUGAUUCUUUAUUUGUCAAAUUUAACCUUUACACUCCCAAGAUCUUAAUAGUAAUUUCCUUACUGUCUGACAGGCAUUGCAACCAGAGUUAGUUCUGAGGAUUUGGUAUUUAACCCAUUAACUCCCAAGAUCUGAUUGUGAAUUCUUCCCUCUACAUGCUACCCAUUUCCUUGUAAAUUUAGUUCUGAGAAUUUUGUGUAAGAUCAAGUUAACAACUUCUACCUGAUAAGUUUGUAUAUUCUCAUUAUCUGUUUGCUGGAUAAUGUAAGGAUAUUAAAGGGAGAAGUUUCAUGUUGAUCACUUCUAGGAGUUAAAGGGUUAAUCAAUAAGGAGCCAAUAGUUGAUAGGUUUCUUGGUACUUAUCACCUGUUUGAUUUACAGUACAUCCUUUCUGAAAGGAGAAAUUACUUUUUGGUCACUCCUGGUUGUGAAGUAGUCAACCCUUUAACUCCCAGAAGUGAUCAACAUGUAACCUCUCCCUAUGGUAUCCAUACAUUAUUCAACAAAGAGGUGGCGAGAUUACUCAAAUUUAUCAGGUACAAGAUAUUAUCUUGAUUGAACAGCAAAUUCUCGUGACCAAUUUAAAAGGAAAUUUGUAGCAGCUAGAAGAGAGAAGUAACAAUUUUUACUUUUCUGAUUUCAGGACAUGAAGUUCAUGGUAAACACCCACCUGCCAGACGGAACUCAGGUCACGAUAGUUACUCUUCAGCACACAUCCCUACUCCAUCUCCUUCCGUAAUAUCACAGUCAUCUACAGAAAGUUCAGUGCUAUCACCUUCACUCAUGAUGAGGAAAAGCCCUGCAUCAUCUGUACGACUACAAGGAGAUACCUGGGCAAAGUCACUUUCUGCAUCUUGGGAUGGAACCUCACCAGCUGUCAAAAAAUUAGCUCAAAGUGGAUCAGCUUUCUUGUCUCCUCAAAGAGUAUCGUCUGCACAGUCUACAUUUGAACCUGUCUCACCACCCCAUGUUUUCCACAGAAAUGAUGAACCCCCACCUCCCCCACCACCAUCAUCAAAUCCACCUCCUCCACCAGUGGAGAGAGUAUCCUCAAAGGAGCCCCCACCACCACCCCCUAAAGAGAAAUCGGAUCAGUCUUCCUCUUGCUUAAAUUAUGAAGACAUCUCUCCAGAUCCUGUGUUUUCUCCUGGUAGAGAUGAAGAACGAUCAGUGCCUAUUCACAAAGGCAAGGACGACAAUGCAAAAACAACAAAUAAACUAAUUGAAUCAUUCAGAAGGGAGUCAAUGCGUACUUCUUCACCUCCUAGCAAAAGUCGAUCACCCAGAAUUGACAGAAGUGAAAGCUACUCAAAGUGGGAAAAAAGGAAACAGAUGGAACGGGAAGAGAGACACAGAGAUAAACACAGGGACCUUGACAGGCCUGGGGAAUCGUAUGAUAGGGACCAUGUGUACAAGGAGGAUCGUAGGUUUGAUAAGUAUGGAGAUUACCGACAUAAGAGAGAUGAUUAUUUUGAGAAGAAGGUUGAUCGCAGAGACAAUUACAGAUGGGAUGAUUAUGACAGGAGCAGAAGUGGAGGCCGCUGGGAGAAAGAUGAACACAAGUAUAGAAAAGAUAGGUAUAGCACAAGUCCAAGGAGAGGGGAUGAUCGUAGAUGGGCAGAGGCAAGACCACGGGAUCCUAGACUGCGGGACAGAGAUAGUGAGAUUGGUGAGGUGCUAAGUAAAAAUGCAAGACAUAAUGAAAGAGAUAAAGAUGGACUUAAUGGGGAAGAUGACCACAGUCGUGAUUUGAGAUCACGAGGAAGAAAUCAGGAAACUUCUGAUACUCACAUAAGAGACAAGAGAGCAAAAGAAUGGUCCAAUGAAGUGGGAAGCUCAGAUGCAAGAACCAUCGAAAGUAAGGAACAUAGGCUGAUUGAUGGUGAUAUUAAAGGUUCAGUCAAAGACAGAGAAAAUACAUCAACUGAUCUCAAAAUCAGGGAUCCCAGACUGAAAGACAAAGAUAAUGAUAAUGAAAGUAUUUCUCAGUAUGAUUCUGCUCCAAACCUUACCAGCCAGGAAGGUGUUGAUCCUCAAUCAAAAAAUAGUGUUGCUGAUGAAAAAGACAAGAAAUUAAAAUCAGAUUCAAAAACUACUGAAAGUGAUGCAAAAGCAGCAACUGCCGCUGAGAUUAUUUCAUCUGUAGUAGCUGGUAAUUCACUGAAGGAAACAAAAGCUGUACACAGAUAUGCUGAGGAUGCAUAUACAGUUGGUGUGGAAGCUUGCUCUGAUGAAGAACCCUUACCUCCUGGAGAUGAACGUGAUGUUGCUCAUGAAGUUCAGCUAGACAUAAAUAGAAGUAAAAUCAAAGCUGCUCAGAAUGCUGUGAAGAAGCGGAAACUUUCAGAAACUGUCCCAGAUGAAAACCAGAGCAAUGGAGCUAAAGCGAAAAAGAUACAAAUAGUCUUGAAAAGUGUUCAGCUCACUGCUGCAGACUCUAAAAUGGAUACUCCUGAGAACCUGAAUCAUUCACUCGUUGAUGAGGAAUGUGAAGAUGAAGAGAUCAGUGGUUGGAGGACAGUGACUUUUUCCAGUGAUAAGUCAACACCUGAAGUGGCAGCUGAUGUUGCAGUAUCUUCAGAGUCAGGAGCCACCCUAUUACAGGAGAAGAACUUACCACUUACAGAGGACAUAUCCCCCUUUAACUCUCCAGCUAUUGAAAGAACAGGCCAUGCGGAAUGCAAUGAUUCCCCUGUUCAUGUGUCUGCAGAACCAGCUGCACAUGACAUUUACUCUGACAUUGAAGGAAAUGAUGAGGAUGACAAUGAGGGUGAAGAUGUGAACAAUGAUAGAGAUGAUGAUGCUAUGUCAUUAUCAUCCAUUAGCUCAAAUGAAGACACUUUAGAAGUGACUGAACCUGAGAGCAAACCUCUCCCCAAAUCAAAAGGUAUCUCUGUUCCACCUCCAAAUGUUGUCUUCCCACCUUACCCCCCUCCAAUGUUCAAUCCCACCAUACCACCCCCUCCAUUCUUCAACCCCAGAGUACCCCCUCCACCCAUAGGUCCUGUUACUGUUCCUCCCCCUCCCCUCCCUGUCCCUGGUGCUGUCCCACAUCCCAACAUGCGUCCUCCACUACCUCCUGCAAGACCCAUUCUACCUCCAGUUGUGCUGCCACCUUCUGGCCCACCUAUUCCAGUGCCACCUCCAGCCAUACCUCGUUCUGGAUUCUAUGACACUCGGAGAGCACCUCAGUUCCCUAAUGCUGGUUUUCCUAACAGUGGAAGUUAUGGUUUUCCCAAAGUAGAGCAGAAAAAGACAAGGAGAGCUUUGAUCAUUGAUGAAGUUUAUAGAAAAAUUUGUGUUGAACUGGAUGCUGUUCUCAAGAGAGAUAUCUUCAAGAAACUUGUGGAGGCAUCUGCAUUCAAAGCUUUGGAAUCUUGGUGGGAUAAUCAGACCAAACCAAAGGUAUGUUGCUUGUGGCUGCUUAAAGUUCUUGUAGUUAGUAGUUAAGUUCACUUCUUUUGCUAGCCAUUGUCAUGAUUUUAGCCAUUAUUUAAGGUAGUAUUUUGCCCUUUUUAGCCUUUUGAAAUUUAGAAUAAAAUCUUUAAGGUUCUUUGAGAUGAGCCACAACUGAAUGGAUAUUUCAUCUAAAGUAAAGGCUGUAAUAAAUUUAUUUAAGAUACAUCCAAUUGCUCAGGUGAUUACCAGACUGAGGACCACUGGAUAUUCUUUUAUUUUACAUGUAACCCCUUUAAAAACAUUAAUAAUUUUGGCAUUGGUCAGUUUGAAGGUUAGUAUUCAGUUUUGUAACUAACUGUUGCAAUUGAAAUGAAGCAAUUUUCUGCCAAUCAGACAGAGAGCACACAUUUUUUUUAAUCUCCUGAGCAAUGAUAGUGCUGUUUGACCCUUUAACUCCCAAAAUCUGAUUGAUAAUUCUCCCCUGUAGCUGCUACAUAUUUCCUUGUAAAUUAGUUACAAGAAUUUGGUGUUCAAUUGACAGAGCAUCUACUACCUGAGAAGUUUGCGUAUUCUCAUUACCUGUUUGCUGCUUAAUGUAUGGAUAAUGUAGGGAGAUGUUACAUCUUAAUCACCUUUGAGAGCUAAAGGGUUAAUGAAAUUGAGUGAUAAACUUGAUAAUGGGUGGUGGAAUUCAGAAUGAUAAUUUUAAUGAUGAUAAUGAUGACAAUGAUGACGAUGAUGGUAUUUACUACAGAUCCUAAAAUACCAUUUCCAUUAAUCAAUAUUAGACUGCUUCACCCACAACUGCAACUACCGCAAGAAAUCUACAAAUGUGCCAAACUCCACCAGCCACAGUUGGUCUUCCAUCAAAUUCUGGCACCGCAGCUUCCACAAUAGGACCUAGUCCCUUUGAAAGAUCACACAGCAUGCUUCUUGGAUUGCGUGCCUCACUUCCCAAACUUCCUUCAUUUAAAGUGAAACGAGCACCAGAGCCUCCAAAGACAGAACAAUUGAUUAGUUCCUCAAGGAAGCGUAGCAACACGGAAUCUUCAGACAUCCCCCCGCGAGAGACAAAGAGACGCAUUUUGGAUGAUGUAGACUCAGAAAUGGAGACAGAUUUGGAGAACAGCUCUAGUCUGGACAGGCGUCCACGCACCAUCAGCAGGCUUGAAGAAGAGGAGCGGAGCCAUUCGCCACUUCAGCUUGAUGACAGUUUGGACGUUGCUCCGAAGGCUACAAUAGUGAGGAGCAGUGAAGGUAAUGGAAUUUCUGGAGCAAAAAAGCUGUCCCGUCAUAUUAAUAAUGUGUUCCUGAAUACAAGGAACUGUUUUAAUUUAUGGCGGGCACAGAGUAAGUACAGUGGUUACAGAGGUCCUUUCCUCAAACUCGCCUUGUGGAUUGCAGGAAACAUACAAUUUUCGUGAGAAUGUAUGUUUGCUUUUUUUCCUGAGAACUAAAUGAUACAGGCUAAUUGAGUAUUAUCACCUGAGUUGAUAACUUGAAUUACUCAUCGUAAAGAGUUUAGAAGCUGACGUUUCGAGCGUCAGCCCUUCGUCAGAGCGAAUCGGAAAGGCUAACGCUCGAAACGUCAACUUUGUUACCCUUUCCAAUGGCCAAUUUAUGUUAUCAACUCAGUUGAUAAUGAUAACUUACCCUGUUAUACUCUCCCACCGACGUAGCACCACAGUUUCUUUAGAAACUCACCUCCUCUAUUCAUAUCCAAUUGUUAGAUUGAUUUGGAACGAAUGUUCUUCAUACUUGAACCAUGAAAAUUGUAUUUCACUUCAUUUAGAUGUUUGAAAUUUGAUUGACGUUUGAAAAUGCUAAUACCUAAUAUCUUACUUUUUCCUUUUUUGACCUAAAAAAAGUGCUCUUAAUGCUUACUUUUGUGUUUUUCUUUUCUCAAGCUGAUGAGCGACGACCAAGCACAGGCUCGUCAUUGUACCAUACAUUGUACUCCAGUAGUAGCAACAGUAGUGAGUCAGGCAGCGACGAGAGUGAGUCUGAUGGUGAAGAUGAAGAAGAAGAGGUGGAAAGCGGAGAGGGCACUGGGGAUGAGAGCGAAAGUGAAAGUGAAGAAGAAACUGAAUCAGAAAGUGAGGAUGACACUAGACAAGUCUCUGACAAAGAACAACAAGAGCUGGAAGUGAACAUGGGUGUGGAGCAGGAAAUUGAUAAAGACUCAAAAAUGGAAGUAGUUCACAUGGAGAAACAUCAAGGUAACAGGACAGAAUGGUUCUUUUCAAACAGAAGUCUUGAAAUUCGUUUCAUUGGCACUUAUUUGCCUUAAAUAACAAAUAGAUUCAAUGUUGCCGCGCUUCUGUACAGAUCACAGAAGAUGUGAAAAUUGUGGUAAGAACAAAAAAGUGACACUGAUUUGCGGACAAUAUUUUGACGUUUUUCUGUGAUCUUAGUACUACUGUACAAAGCCACAGCAACACGGAAUCUAUUCGUUUAAUGAGAUAAAAAAGCAAAAUGAUGUUAAUGAUGACGUCAUCUAUGCGAUCAUAUAUGACGUCAUCUCUGUAUGAACCAAUCAAAAUGCGUGUAGAUGAUCACUUUUUACACGUACUUGAAUUUAGAGGUCUCAAAAAAAUUAUUAAUUUUGAUAACAGAUAUUCUUAAUGCUGCAUACUGUCCUGCUUUUCUCUUGAUAGAUGAUGUCUUUAUAGAAGAUCAGGAAUCCUCAAACGAAAUGUUGUCUAACUCGAUGAACGCUGAGAAAACUAGGGAGCCAGAGUCUUUCAGUUGUAAGAGUGGAGAAAUAUUAAAAACAAAUGAGCUAGAGACUGUCUCAAAAGGAAUGAAUUACAAGGUGGGAGAAUCUGCACCUACCGAGACGUAUCGCUCUUUCCACAUCGCUCACAUUGUGCCUGAUUUGUUCAAAAAUGAAGAUACGUUGAGCAAAAGCAGAACUUCAUCUGUGGAAGAGAAAGACAAUUCAAGCGAAAAUAGUGGAGAACUUGUAAUGAAAGUAGAGCAACCGCCGUUGAGAACGUCAGAUACUCGAGAUACUAGGAAUAUCGAAGACAGUGGUCAUUUCCUCUCGGAAGAAAAAGAUAUAACUAUGAAACAAGGCGAUUCAUUCGAGAAAACGGAGGUUAAAAGUCCAUUACGUGCACCUGUGAUUGGUUUUCGAGAAAAAGAGACGAUUGAACGUGAAAAUUAUAUGUUUUCCCAUGAAGAGGAACAAUUCCCUGAAACGGACCAAAACUUCGAUUAUUCGGAGGAAAGAAUGCCUUUACUUUCCCCUGACAAACCAUUGGCUGUUUCGCUUGUUGAACUUGAUCACCCGUAUGGAUUAACUAUUCCAGAGAAACUACCACCAGAGUCUGUAGAAGAAGAAGCUGAAUUGUUCAACGACAAAAAUAUCAUAGACACUCCCCUCCAUGAGGACAGACGACUCGCUGAGUCUCCUAUUGUUGACGUAGUGACUGUUAACUCGACGUUAUCCUUGCUGCCUGAACUUACCUCUCCUAAGCCCCAGUUCCCCGUGCGGUCAUUUGAAGCCGAUGAUGAGCUUGUGUACGAAUUUCAGAGAGUGGGCAUCGACGCAGAAGACUGCUAUUAUCUAAAAGUUGGUUUUGAGCAGCUUCAGCAGGUUGGAUCUGAUUCAGUCGUGGACGCACACUGGAGUAGUCACUCACAUAUCCUUUUUAACUAAAUUCAGUAUAACUUUAGCUAAAGCAGUUUUUUUUUAUUCAAUGUCGAAGGUAAUCCGGGAACGCUUCGGUUUUGUUUAGCAACACUUUGAAAACUCCUGCCACCCUCUUAACCAAUCAGAUGCUAGGCGAGAAACCUAUUGCAAUUUAAGUCACCCGCGUUUUCCCGCGCUUUUUUUACUGAGAUGUUAUUGGUCCCUUUUGAUAAUUACUUUGUUCUGAUUAGACGCUGUGAUCCCGUCACUCAGUUUAGACGCGCUCAAUCGGGUCUUGCCUUAGACAUUUUCGGAUGCAUUAACUGAAAAGCAUUAAAUGAAUUUUUGGAACUGAGUAGAAACCAACACAGCGGAAACACAUGGGUCAAAGCGUGCGCCAUAGGAUCAAUUUUUGCCGCCCGCGCGCCAAUUUCCCGCUCAAAAUUUCCAUGGAAAGCAAAAGAAACAACCGCUGUCUCGCAAAAUGACCGAAAGAAAAAACGAAACGAAAGUAAGGGAAAGGCGGGAAAACUCGAGACUUGACGAACACAUAGCUUAUUCAUGUACAAGUAACCUGAUUAUUUUCCAUUUUGUUUUGGGCUUUACCAAAAAUGUUCUACGCCUCUAAAACACGGUGUCUCACUGGCUUGUUUGGUUUUUUGUAACUCGUAUGAGACAACUUGACACUCUUUUUGCACUCUGGGCCGUCUUCAUGUGUUAACUCUGAGCUCGUAUUAGCUGCUUCUUUUGUUACGUUUUGAGCUGAAUAGUCGUUUUGUUCAAGUUUGUGUUGGUUUUAAGCCGCUUGUUAGAAAAGUGCUCUGCAAGAGUACUGGCAUUUUCUUUAACCAACCUCACCGACCGCUCAAAGUGUAACAAAAGGACGUCGAAAACUGAAAACAGAACACGGUGUACGUGUACAUGUGACUGGAUGUGCCCGAGCGGAAGGCUUUUACAAGAUUGACAUCAAAGAAAAGGCUAAAUAUCUACAGGCUCAGAGAAGACAGCUACAGUGUCAGGCCAACGUUACGGUGGAGGAACAGGUACUCUCACUCUCUCGUUACUUUCAGCCCGCGGUGUUAACGAGCGCUUUUAAUUCAACUAAUUCAUUCUUGUUUUUCUCUUUACCAUGAUCCCGUCAAUAGCGUAGCUCCAUUUUCUGCGUACAAACACGUACACACAACCUAUAAUUCCUUCACCCCUCGGAUGAAGAGCUAACACUCGAAACGUCAGCUUUUAAACUGUUUACAGUGGCUAAUUUACGUUAUCAACUCAGUUGAUAAUACCAAAUUACCAGGUCAUACUCUCCCACCGACGCAGCGCCACAGUUUCUGUAGAAACUUACUUACCCCCUUUAAUCAUUGAUUCUCAUUCGUCGGGUUAUAGUUUAACCCUUCCACUCCCAAGAUCUGAUCGUUAAUUCUCCCCUUUAGCUUUUGCACAUUUUAUUGAUUAGUUACGAGAAUUUGGUGUUAGAAUAAGCUUACAACUUUUACCUGAUAAGUUUUCGUAUUCUUAUUACCUGUUUGCUGUAUAAUGUAUGGAUGUUGAAGGGAGAAGUUGCAUGUUAAUCACUUCUGGGAGUUGAAGGGUAUAGACAAUGUUUUAACAAAUUUCCCGAUGUCUUCCUACUAGAGUCAUGUUACUAUCGCCCGGCCUCUGUCGUGCACGUUUUUUUGCGCAUAAAACUGUUCACGUGUGUUUGCUCACUGGAUCAUUUACCUUUGUUAUGAUUUGUCGUUGUCAUUGCUUUGGUUGUUGUUUCCCAACACUUAAACGAGAAGCCUCGAGCUGUGUAAUGAAAAGCUGAUAUUUAGACGGUUGUGGUGCCAACGUGCUUCUUGUUUGUUUUGACGUCUGUUCCUUUAGCUUCUAUACAUGCCAUCAUCCAAAAUAGUGAAUCGCAUCGUCUAAGGAACACUUUAGUGAUAAACUUUUUUUUUGCCGUUAUCCUCAGAAAACAGACGGCAACAAGGCUAAACAACAGUCACGUGAACACAGAGCGAUACAAAGAAGAUUACAGUCAGCGGUGUGUAAUGAGGAAUUUGGUGACUUGCUCAAGUUUAAUCAGCUCAUGGUAAGAAAUACGUAACUAACACUUCAAGCAUGUGGUUUCUGAACCAUGGCUCUCCUAUUAGUUUUACUAAACGCUCAAAAAACGGCCCCUAUUACGAUGACUUAGUCAAAACUUGAAAAUUGGAAACUCCUUAACAUGUAGUUUUUUUUUAUUGCAAGUAGCCUUGUAUUUUUCAACACCUUAAAAUUAGUCGCUGCAGUUUUUCUCUGAUAGCUUUCCUUUGGAUUCAAACCUCGAAAAAAAAAAAGAAAUAAAAUUUUAGCUUGUAACCUCUUUCAGUGCUCAAAAUCUUACUUCUCCUUACGGAGCAUCGCCGACUUCAGAAACUUUUUAUCGUCAAACAAAUUCUUAAUGUGUAGAGAACAGUGCAGAGUACAGGAUACUGGUGUCAGCGUGUAAAUGGUUCAUACUGGAUUCUUUAGUGUGGGGUGAUUUUCAAUUGAGUAUCAAAUGAAUAUGGAUUUCUUGGUUUUUGCUUUGCUUCGUUUUAUGAUUGGUUCUGGAGACUCUUUCCAUCCUCUCAACUACUCAGAUUCAAAUUUACAACAAAUGACGACUUGGUCACCGGCGUUUUUCCGUGCGUCAAGCAGUUAACUUGUUUUACAUUUGCGUUCUCGUUGGCUCCUCUUGAUAUUUUCCUUUUCUCUGAUUUGCUGUUUUGAUUACACUGGUUUUGGUUUUACGUCAACUAAUCGAAAACUGCUCAAAAGAGUUCUCUUCAUAUCCUUUCCAUUUGUCGCCAGGUGCGUAAAAAGCAACUUCGAUUCGCUAAGUCGGGUAUCCACGACUGGGGUCUGUUCGCCAUGGAGAACAUUGCAGCGGAUGAGAUGGUAACAGAAUAUGUCGGCGAGAUCAUCAGGCAGCCCAUUGCGGAUAUCCGUGAGCGGAGAUACGAGGAGAUGGGAAUCGGAUCAAGUUACCUGUUUCGUGUUGAUCAGGAAACGAUAAUUGAUGCUACCACUAAAGGAAACUUUGCGCGAUUUAUUAACCACUGCUGUGAUGUAAGUAUCAUCUUUUUCUGUCGCUAUUAGUUCCCAGGUAGCUUAUUAGAGCGGUUUUCAAUUGAGUGUUGAGAGUAAUCCGAGAAUGCAUUGGUUUUGCUUUACUUCUCUCCUGUGAUUAGUUAAAAAAAACUCGCGCCUCGCUUUCAACCAAUCAGAUGCAAAACUAAUACCAAUCACGAUUUGGUCGCCCGCGUUUUCCCGCGCUUUAGGCGGUUUGGUUGUUUUUACUUUGAGUUCUCAUUGGCUCUUUCAGUUAUUUUCCUUUCUUCUGAUUGGCCGUUGUGAUUACUUUGGUUUUGGUUUUAUGACGCUCAAUCGAAAAGUGCUUUUUGAGGAGAAAUCAGCCGAGAGCAAUUUUGAAUUGAUUAUCGAAGGCAAUCUUGGAGGAUAAUGGUUUCUUUUUACUUUUCUCUUUGAUCUUAGUCUAAGAAAAAGUUUUGCUUUUGUAACCGAUCAGAUGCAAGACUGAAACAAAACGCGAUUACGCUUUUCGCGUUUACCCGAGUCCCAGUCACUUUGCCUGUUUUUACUUUACGUUUAUAAUAGCGCCACGUGAUAUUUUGCUUCGUUCUAAUUGGCCGUUGUUUUGAGUUUUGGUUUUGAUUCUGCGACACUCAGUGGAAGUGCGCCCUACUAGUCAACUGACUUUACUGAACUAUUAUGAGGAGAGAAUACUAUCACUCCAUCCAGUAUGAUUUUUCACUACACAAAGCAACACAGGUUCAAAUACAAAGGGUUCCUCCAGCACAAAAGCUUACUUAACUAAAAAGAGUGUUGAAAAUGUAAGCUUUUUUAAGGCUUAAAAAAGCUUACGUUUUAAAUGCUUUUUUUUAACCUUAGAGGGCUGCUAUGUAGUAUUGCUUAUGUUUAUUGUUUUUGUCAAUGUUUGUACCUUCAGUUGGGGAUUGGAGGGAAGAGUGUGGGUGGUCUGGGCUCUACCUGGGCCAGCCCCUGACCUUGGUUGCUCUUCAAUUUUGAUGCAGGCGGUUCUGUGCGGUGUGUGUUUCGAUCUUAUUCUUCAUUCCCUCUGACAAAGGGCUAACGCUCGAAACGUCCGCGUUAGAAACUUUUUACGGAGGCCACUUUACAUACAUAACUAUUAUAUCAUGUUUAAUUAUUUUUCCUUUCGUUUUCCACAGCCCAACUGCUACGCCAAGAUAGUCACUUUAGAGAAUGCCAAGAAAAUAGUCAUUUAUUCCAAGAGAGAUAUCGAAGUCAAUGAAGAAAUCACUUACGACUACAAAUUCCCCAUCGAGGACGAGAAAAUCCCAUGUUUGUGUGGUUCUCCACAAUGCCGGGGGACCUUGAACUAACGCAACAUUUUGUAUAUAUCUCUAUCGAUAUUUAUGCGUAUGAAUUUUGUACAAAGGAAGAAAGGUCUUUUGACGUUUAUCCGUAGAAAUUGGCUACUUCUUUAAAAGAGCAUCAUGUCGUGGGAAACCGACUCAAAACAAUGCGAAUUCCCAUGAAAGUUUACGAAAGCAAUUCCUGAAAGGAAACUUCUAGCUACGGAACCAAGUCCUUUAGACUCUUGCUGCGACAUUGGUUGUUCUGCGUUGUUGUUGCACUCUGUUGUUCUUUGUUCCCGCGUAAUUCUAUUCAGACUGUGUUGUUUUGUGCACCGGGCCUUUUUUGUGUCCGAUUUUUCAUGGAAGAGUGAAUAAAAUGAUUUCUGGACCGAG